AUGUCUGUGUCUGAGGUCUCUCCCAGCCCUAAACAUGGUGAACAUACCACUAUCACAAGUAUCGAUAUCGACUCCAAGGCCGAGAAGGCCUUGGUCUGGAAGUUUGAUCUUCACUUGCUCCCCGUCUUGGCUAUGAUGUACCUUUUCAACAGUCUCGAUAAGUCGAAUUUGGGUAAUGCGAAGACGGCUCACCUUGAAGAAGACUUGCAUCUUGUCGGCAACCAAUACAGCACUAUUCUCAGUAUUUUCUACGUUCCCUAUGUUCUCACUGCCCCAUUCCUUGGUUUACUCGGCAAGAAGUACGGUCCCAAUAGAGUGUUGCCAUGUAUGAUGUGCACAUUUGGUCUAUGCACUGUUCUCAUGGUCGCUGUGAAAAACUUCAGUGGUCUGCUUGCUAUUCGAUGGUUCUUGGGUAUGGCCGAGAGUGCUUUCUUCCCCUUGGUCAUCUACUACCAGACAACUUUCUACCGUCGUGGUGAAUUGGCCCGUCGUCUGGCGAUUUUCUACGCCGCACAGAACAUCGGCUCCGCCUUCUCGGGUUUACUCGCCUUCGGCGUCUUCCAAAUCCACUCAGGACCCCUCGCUUCGUGGCGAUAUCUCUUUCUAAUCGAAGGCGGUGCAACCUUGAUCUGCGCCAUUUUUGCACUAUGGUAUCUCCCCCGCUCAGCAGCUGAAGCGAGCUUCCUCACCCCAGAGGAGAAAGAGCUCGCCUACCUCCGAUUGCAAAUUGACAGUUCGGCGGUCGUCAACGAAAAGCUGAACAUCCGAGAUGCAUUCCGGAUUUUCAAGCACUGGACUAGCUGGGCCAUCCUUGUCAUUGAAAUGUGUCUUGGUGUGCCCCUGCAGGGCGUCUCGCUUUUUUUGCCUGUUAUCAUCGAGCGUCUGGGAUACAGUACUGUCAAGACGAACUUGUAUACUGUUGCACCUAAUGUCUCCGGUGCAGCUGUGCUGCUGAUCCUGGCCUUCUGCAGCGAUUGGACGAGAUGGCGAUUCCCAUUCAUCGCACUUGGUUUCUUUUUCACUUUUCUGGGUAUGGUGAUUUUUGCCGCCAUUGAUGUUCAGCAUGAUAUCAAUGUUGCUUAUUUUGCUUCCUUUCUUAUGUGCUGGGGGACAUCUGCGCCGUCUGUUUUACUUGAUGUUUGGUAUAACAAUAAUAUUGCCAAUGAGGGACAGCGUGUCGUUUUGACCAGCAUUGCUGUCCCAGUGGCUAAUGUGAUGGGCGUCGUUGCCUCCAACAUCUUUCGCAGUCAGGAUGCACCGAAGUACAUCCCAGCUUUGGUCACUACGGCUGCGUUCGGCGGGGUUGGAAUUGUUUUGACGAUUUGUCUGGGACUGUGGAUGAUGUGGGAUAAUAGGCGGAGGGAUCUGGCCCAGGGCGUACAUGUGCAGGCUAAGGAUAUCCCGACGGAGAACCUUCGGGAUGGACCGGCUGGGGAAUGUUUCCGGUGGUUUUAUUAA